AUGAAACUACUGGUGUUGAAGAGAGCAAUCGAGAAAGGUUUGCUCCAUAUCCAUUGUCUUCCUGAUUAUCUGCUCACCAAGUCAAGCAGGCCACAACAACGCGGAUCUCAACAAGCCGAGACCAAACAAGCUGGACUGCCCACAUCGAUGCUGCAGAAAGUCGUUUCAAACAACAGUGAUGCUAUGAAUAUUCUCUAUGAAGCAGCACUUCUCGAAGAAGAAGACCGUGGGAUGGAGGGAAUGCCAGCCGCCGAUUCGUCGUUGUGCCUGCCUCGAAGCUUAAAUGAGACGGACGCACUUCGCAUCUGGAAUGCUUGUCGUUUUGUCAAAAUGGGCUGGUUCUCAUCAUAUGAGGCCAUCACACUGGUCGACCAAUUUUUCGCGAACUUGAGCCCACUUUCUCCCGUGCUCACGGACUUUUUCGCCUCACAUAAAAAUCAAUUCUACUUGGUGACGCAAGAGCCAAUGCUAUGUUGUACCAUACUCAUGAUAUCCUCACGGCAUCAUAUUCUGCCUGGAGUUGGCGGCCGGUCCCGGGCAUUCUUCAUUCAUCAGCGCAUGUGGCAGCAUUGUCAACACCUACUGAUGCGACUGACUCUCGGCCAAGAGAAGAUAUCCAAAGCAAAAACUCGAAACAUUGGAAGUAUUGAAGCACUGCUAUUGAUGUCUGAGUGGUUCCCACGACACCUACAAUUUCCUCCUGAGACGGAUGGCUGGGACUCGGACUUUAUUAUGACGAAUUUGGAUGCACGCGAUCCUCCCUUGCCAGUCGAAGAGAUACCAGUCUCUGAUACAUGGAAGCAAGAUGUCGUUGAACCAACUAAACGCUUUGAACACAUGUCGUGGAUGGUCUUAAGUCUUGCUUUGGCGCUUGCCCAUGAACUUGGCGCCUUUAGCCCCAAUGCUCGGGUGUUGAAACCUGGCGACCUGGUCGGUCUUGAUGCUGAGAUGUACCUUCAACAUCUUGAGCUGCGGAGGCAACGUCUUCCAGGUCUUCUUUUUGUGUUUAUCAACGCAUUGUCAUCUAGACUCGGAUGCACAUCACCGAUGCCUUCGGAUGUUGGUCUCAUGAUGCCUGAUCCGGACCUGCUUCGACUGGACACAAGGGGUAGCGAGUGGCUGUCGUUCAUGAAGUCGUGGAGAGAAUUGAGUAAGCUGACAUCAUCAAUCAUGGAGACGCUCUUUCCAUUGAUGAGUACAUCUCUUGCGACUGGAUCCGCGGAUGCAUUUUUCUCUAUCCUGGAGCAAAAGCAGACCUUAUUGGCAAAUUGGCGCCAAAGGAACAUGCGUAUCGCCGCUCCCGGGUCAUCUUUUACCGACAUACUGUUUAUUGAACAUCAACAUCUUCGAGUGCUCAUCAACUCGAUAGGAAUGCAAGUCGUUGUGCAGCGAGUCUUGGCAAAAACCACCUAUGGCGAGUCAACAAUUGAUCACUCAUUCAUAGAAAGAGCACGGCAGCUGAACAUGACUGCUCGGGAGUAUGGCUUCAUCGAGGAAGUCAUCGAUGGCUGCUGCCAGACACUCGAGACGGUUGCUGCUCUCGGUACUGCAGGCUCCCUAUACUUCUCUCCGAUGAGAUUUCUCUUUAGAACGAUCAGUUCAUCGAUAUUCUUGAUGAAAGCUCUUGCGUUGGGCGUGCGGAACAGUAAAUUGCAAGAGGCCUUGCAAAUCCUUGACCGAGCUAUAGAAUCCCUGCAAGACAACAAAGAGGAUGACAACCAUAUGAAACUACGAUAUGCUACCCUGCUGAAUACGCAGGCCGCUCGUCUACGGAGAAGUUUGAUGUCCUCAACUUCAAUGAUAGAAGCUUCCGGUGUCGAAUCCGGGCUACUGCAAAGGCCUUUACCGACGCUGGACUUAUAUCCGUCCAUGAAUCAGGCUCUUAACAAUGACCAUGAGGGUUUGUCGAAUCUGUCGGGGUUUGAUCCAGAAGGGCCCCUUGACUUUGAUGUCAAUGACUGGCUAUCUUUACCCUUUGAGCCGUCGAUGGUACCAUUUGGACCAAACGAAGGGGAUAGCUGGGCUAGGCUGGAUGGAGUUGAUUUAGAUCUAGAGUUCCUUUGGCAAUUACCCGCAUAG